AGUAUGAUACGAGCGAGCGAUAACACCACAUAUCUGGAACCUUGUGUUAUCAAGCCAUGUGGUUCUGCAACCACAUUUGUCUGUCCAGGUGGGCUCUCCUCCUAAGCCAUGUCCAUCCCAGAUGUGUGCUAUCAGAUGAGAGCGCUUUUUGCCUUCAAGCUUAAAGAGCAAUCCAGGCAUUUUUCGCUUUUGCGCUUAAAAGUAGAAAGAAAUCUUCCGAGUUCAAAAUACACAGAACAGAGACUGAGACACAACCACACCCAACUUAAUAUGACAUCCUUACAGGAGAGACGCUCAAUGCCCACAAAACCAUCUAUGUUUAGAAUCAACUCCACCGCCACCGCGCUACUCAUAGCCACCACCUCUCUCUCGAUCCUCCUCUUCAUCAUCACUUCCCCGCCCCCACCUCCCAAAUCGUCCUAUUACUCUCUAUACAUUUCCAAGUCCCUCUCUGACAACGCCACCAUAUCACAGCACCUCUUCGCCCUCACCCGCCGACCCCAUGUCGCCGGCUCCGAGGCCAACGCCGAAGCCGCCGCUUACGUCCUUUCCACCUUCAAUUCCUACAAUCUCCGAUCACAUAUCGUAUCCUAUGACGUGUCCCUCACGUACCCUCUAUCGAGGACCUUAAAACUGACACGCCCACCACCGGACCCAGCAACUACAUUCGACCUCCGUCAGGAAAUAUACCCCGGCGACCCGUAUCCCGACGUGGCGAACGAAGUUCUACCCACCUUCCACGCGUACGCCAAAUCGGGUACUGCAGCGGGAUUUGCUGCGUACGUGAAUUAUGGACGCGUGGAGGAUUACGUGACAUUGAAAGAAAUGGGAGUUAAUGUAUCGGGUGCUGUAGUUUUGGCCAGGUACGGCGAGAUAUACCGAGGCGACAUCGUAGAGAAUGCAUACGAAGCAGGCGCCGUUGGGGUAGUAGUGUUUACUGAUAGGAAGGACUACGGCGGAGGAGCAAGUCAUAGGUGGUUUCCGGAUGACAAAUGGAUGCCUCCAAGUGGGGUCCAGGUGGGCACCGUGUACGGUGGCGCCGGUGAUCCUACGACGCCGGGGUGGCCUAGUACUAGUCCUUGUGAGAGGCUGUCCAAUAAUGAAGUUGAGAGGCGAGGAGAUGUCCCGCUUAUACCGUCCUUACCCGUAUCGGCAGCGGAUGGUGAUAUAAUCAUGAGAUCCAUCGGUGGACAAGUAGCAAAUGAUGAUUGGCAGGGCAGCGCAGAUGCACCGCUUUACAGGGUUGGAACUGGGCCUGGUUUUCUGAAUCUCAGCUACACUGGAAAUCAAAUCAUAGCUACUAUCCAAAAUGUUAUUGGUGUGAUCGAAGGUGCAGAAGAACCCGAUCGAUUUGUUAUUUUGGGUAACCACCGAGAUGCUUGGACCUUUGGUGCAGUCGACCCUAACAGUGGAACUGCAGCAUUACUAGAGAUAGCUCGAAGACUAGGGAAGCUACAGAAGAAAGGGUGGAAACCUAGACGAACAAUUGUCUUGUGCAAUUGGGAUGCUGAGGAGUAUGGCUUGGUAGGGUCAACAGAAUGGGUUGAAGAGAAUAGGGAAAUGCUAGCUUCAAGGGUUGUUGCUUAUUUGAAUGCCGAUUGUGCAGUCUCUGGCUCAGGAUUUCAUGCCUCUGCGACUCCUCAGCUUGAUGAACUACUCAAACAAAUCACUCAACAGGUUCAUGACCCAGAUAAUUCUUCACAAACAGUAUAUGGAUCAUGGAUCGGUACAAGGGAUUCCCCAGUGAUUGGGAGGCUAGGAUCCGGUGGUUCAGAUUAUGCAGCUUUUGUCCAGCAUGUUGGAGUUCCAUCUGUGGACAUGUUCUUUGGGGGAGCAUACCCUGUCUACCACUCAAUGUACGAUGCUUUUGUUUGGAUGGAGAAAUUUGGUGACCCAAUGUUCCAUAGGCAUGUAGCAGUGGCAAGCAUCUGGGGAUUACUUGCUCUUAAACUUGCCGAUGAGGAAUUCUUGCCUUUUAAUUAUCUUUCCUAUGCAUGUGAGCUGCAGAAAAGUGCAAAAGAAAUAGAAGAUGAGGUUUCUGGAAAAGGUGUCACUGUCAUUCCAUUGUACAAGUCCAUUGGCAAACUCAAGAAAGCAGCAACCAAAAUCAAAAGCCAAAUAAAGGCAUUAGAAGAAAGCAGUGGUUGGAGUUCAAUGUGGAAGAAGGACCCCAUCAAAGUGAGAGAGCUCAAUGACAGGUUAAUGAUGGCAGAGCGAGCAUUUACAGACAAAGAUGGACUGUUUGGAAGACCAUGGUAUAAGCAUUUGAUCUACGGUCCAUCAAAGCAUGAUGAUUACGGAUCUAAAUCAUUUCCGGGGAUAGAUGAUGCCAUUGAAAAGGCUAAAAGCUUGAACACAUUAGAAGCAUGGCGGUUUGUACAGCAUGAAGUUUGGAGGGCCUCUAGAGUUGUCACACAUGCAUCACUUGUCCUAAGUGGUGAAUUCACAUGAAUGAGUUCUAUGAUCAUCUCAUGCAUUUUAUUAUAGAAAUGCAAUCUUCUACGGAUUCUACUAACUUUUAUCAGUCGUUUUUAUGGUUAUAAUUUUAAUUGAAAUCGUUCAUUGAGCUAACAAAAAGGUCAGGUUCAUGUUCAUCAUUAGCUGUUUCUUUUUACAAUCUUGUCCUGAUCGAAGGAGCAAGUAUUGGUAUGCAGCGAUGCAGCAUGCUUUGUUGGGUCUUAAAUAUACAAAGCUAACUUCUGAGUCCUGACCAGUACUGUCCAACUCGGACUGGACACAAAAUCAUUUUGGUCAUUCCAUUAGUUGAGAACACUGCUUAUAUAAUUCAUGGUUGAGUUCUAACUUAAAACAACCCAACCAUCCGUUGAAGUCCGAGUUUGAGAACACUGCUUCUAAUUAUGGAAUCGUAAUUUAACAUGCUCUUGGUCACUUAUGAUGAGUUUAACACUCCUGACCUAACAUUUACAUUCUUGAUAAUGUUUCAUUCUCUGUGAGAGCUACUAAUUAAUGUUGGACUAGAAAUUUAGAAUUCAUUAGAGCAGAACAAAGGAAUGUUGCAGAGCAAAGGCUAUCUUCUAAUCCCAACUGUCAUUGGAUGAUUAUGUCAUCAGUGUAGGGAUUACUGACAUUGUCUUCUUACUUUUUAGUUGUUACCCAUCUUGAACAGUGAUGCCAAAACCUUGCAGCAGCCUUAAUCCCUGAUGUCAAUAAGGAAAAAGAAAUUUCUGAUGUCGCAUCAUGGUGCUAGUCAAGUUCUUUUUUUUUUUCUUUGUUCUGUAAAACAGAAAUAUUUCCAAACCCAUAGAUCAUUUACCGGAUCAGUGGUAGAAGUUAGACCGAUCAGAUCAAAAGUCAAGAAAAAGAUAGUAAUGGAAUCAGCAUUCAGAGAGGUCUCUCUCCCUGACAUGUUCCAUGAAAUAUAGAAGCUCUUGAUCCUUCCUAUCCAACUACUCAAGGAGAGGACUAUAUAUAUUCAUCUCCUGACUUGACCUGCUGCAAACACCAAUUACCUGUUACUCUGAUAAAAAUCCUCCGGUGCUAUUUGCAUCAUGAUAUGUGAUCCUUUUCUUGUUUUCCCUUGCUGUGUUUCCCUACCUUUCCUUUCGGACCAAACACAGCCUUAUAAAAUGCCUCCCAGAAAACUCUGUUACCGUCGUACAUAAAAAUGAGCCAUCCAUACAUUUACGUUUCGCUUUACCUUGUUACCCAUAAACAGCAGGAUAAGGGCCGGAUAAGGUGUCACGGGCUCACAGGAUACAGAACUUACACCAACAAUCGAAAUAUACAACAAGAUAAUAAUAGGCAUAUAGAUCCCCUGAUUAUCUUUACUUCCAUACCUUGAUUGCACACCACUACUGCUUGAUAUCAAGAGUCUCUGAAGGCAGAGAGAGAGAGUGUAGCACGACGGCAACCUGCAGUGAACCCCAAAUAAAUUUGGAUUCAUUCUACUCUGCGCUUGAUUUCGAUUUCAAUUUCAGUGAACUGCGAGCUGUUUAGAUUCAACAGACAGCAAACUAGAAAACAAAGGCAAGGACUUUGAGGUUAGGGCUUAGGGGUGUUCUUUCCUCCUACGAGAUGUGGGUAGAGUCAUGCGAACCCCUCCAACUCCAAUCCAGAUUGCUUAUUUUACCAAAUUGCCCCUCAAUCGAUCACCAUUGUUACAUGUAGUCUAUACCAUAACAUAUCAGCGAUCAAGGAUAUUAUGUCCUACCAAUCCAUCCAUCCAACGGUUUUAGCUCAAAGAGGAUAACAUCGUAUCAAUCUCUGGUGCUCUCUUUUGUACAUUAAUGAUUCUCGGUUUUCUUCUGGUUCUGGACUGGAGUCUAUUUAUUAUUUUAUUUCCAAUUUUCCAUUAUUAGGCACAAGAGUGAACCCAUCGUUAUCCCGUCCAAACUCCGCAAGUCCGCAUUCGAGUAAUGGUUAUACUGGAUGGAUAGAUCAAGAGAAUAUCCAGAGUGCCCCUAGGGUUCGCUCAAAUCGUGAAUCAUCUUCGAUCAGAUGGUUAGGGCCAUUAGAGGACACGACCAACGGAAAGAUAAGCUCAGAAUUCAGAAGCGGAAAAAAAAAAGACAACAGAAAAAUAGGAAAGAAGAAGAAAAUUCGUACGAAGAGUAGCAGCUGCAGAUGGAACAAUAUUUA